GGGCCUCUCGUGUAAUCGACUGAACGAAUGCUCUUUCUACUAUUAAAACGGGUUGAGACUGAGACAAGCAAAAAGAAUAAUGAACUUUUUCCUCCGACGAACAAGCCUCGAGUGCACCCGGAUCCCCCAAUGCGAUUCGAUGUAUACCCUUCCCGGACAGCUGCUCACGAGGCGAAAGUGCAAACGACGCCUAACCUGUUUACAGUCUCUCGGCUAACCCGCGUAGUGGCUGCGCAAACGGGCACUGCGCGUCGGUAGGCCGAGCCGGCGGCAAAGGACGCGCGCUACGGCGGCCAGCGGGCCAGUCAGUCGCAAGCCGAUCGUCAGUCGGGACAGAGCUAUAACGCCUAUCGUUGCGUACGCAUUUUCCGUCUCUCAGCACAUCAGCACUAGCAGCAGAUAAAACUCGAUCAACCAUGACGGAAGUCUUCAAGCUCGGUGAUCUUGUCUGGGCGAAGAUGAAGGGAUUUUCCCCAUGGCCUGGCCGGGUAUCAACCCCUCUUGCCAACAUGAAAAAGCCAGCAAACCCAAAGAAGGGUCCAAUCUAUUGCAUCUUUUUCUUUGGAUCUGAAAACUAUGGUUGGAUUGAUGAAAGCAAUAUUAAACCUUAUCAAGAACAUAAGGAAGCUUGUAGAAAAUUAUGCAAAUCAGAAGGAUUCAAAAAAGCGUGUGAUGCUAUCGAAAACUUCAUUGCUAAUGGCGAGGUGUUUGAUGAUAAAGUAGAGGACUCAGAUACUUUGUUUGAUAAAUUAAAAGAUGACAGCAUUAAUACAACAGUUGAAAAGAAAACUCCAAAGAUCAAACCAAAAAAAUUAAAAACAUACAUACCUUUGCAGGAAACUCCAAAAGUGAAGAGAGAAAGUAGGGGAGGUAGUAGCGAACGUCGUCCCGCUAAAAAGCAACGGACAGAUUCCAAUGCAAGUAGCAAUAACCGUCUCGGUAGUUUGAGUCCAGCAAUGAAUCAUUCUACACCAUUGAGAAAAAGUGGAUCUCUUUUAGAUCGUCCAGGAAAUGUUGCUAGACCGGUAACUCCACCAUUAGAUGUCGAAACUUUAUCGCAGACACUUAAAGACAAGAACAUCCGCGCUUCCAGCUUGAAAUUUGGUUUUCUUGGACUUGGUAUCAUGGGUAGCGGAAUUGUUAAAAAUCUUUUAAACAGUGGACACAAAGUCGUCGUUUGGAAUAGGACACAAGAAAAGUGCGCUGACUUCCUUAAGGCUGGUGCUGAGCAUGGUCUUACACCAUCGGAUGUCGUGUCGAUGGCAGACAUCACAUUCUCCUGCGUUGCUGAUCCACAGGCUGCCAAAGAGAUGGUCUUCGGCAACUGCGGAGUGCUCACGGAAAUCACGACCGACAAGGGCUACGUCGAGAUGACGGGCAUUGACGCCGAGACCUCACAGGACAUCGCCGAGGCUAUCACAGCCAAAGGCGCGCGUUACCUCGAGGCUCAGGUUCAGGGUAGCAAGGUUCAGUCUGAAGAGGGAACUCUGGUUAUUCUAGCGGCGGGAGAUCGUCAGCUCUUCGACGAUUGCAAUAGCUGCUUUGGUGCUAUGGGCAAAAAUACCUUCUAUCUUGGUGAAGUUGGCAAUGCCUCCAAGAUGAACCUUGUGCUUCAGCUCAUGGCUGGUGUGACGCUCGCUGGACUCGCCGAGAGCAUGGCUUUGGCGGACAGAGCUGGUCUGCAGCAAAAGGACGUUUUGGAAAUUUUAGAGCUUACGUCGCUGGCAUGUCCCGCGAUACUCGACAAGGGCAAAGCCAUUAUCGAGGGUGGUUUCCCUACACAGCUACCCCUUCAGCACAUGCAAAAGGACUUGCGACUCUCGCUGAGCAUGAGCGACCAGUUGGAGCAGCCAAUCCCUCUGGCCGCGGCAGCGAAUGAAAUCUACAAACACGCAAAACGUCUCGGCUACGCGGAACACGAUGCGUCUGCCGUCUACAUCCGCGCCAGGUUCUAGAGAGACAAACAAAGACGACAGGACAGAGGGAAACAAUGGAAUGAAAGAGGAACCACGCGUCGCAUCCCCGCCGCCGCCUUCUAAUUAUCAUAUUUAUUAAGGAUAUAAAUAAUAUUGCAAUAUUACCUAAACAAAUCUCGUCUCUACGCCCUCUCGGAUGAAUUUUGUGCUGGUUACAAGAGCGUGAUAAGCAAAGUUGAUGAGAAACUUAAAUGCUGACAGUGGCAAACUGCAAGGUUUGGCGGCUAACUGUUAAAAAAGAGAUUUUUAGUGGAUCGUCAAUUUCGAAAAAUCAAUCUCAAUCGGUAGCUUUUAAGAUUGGUCUUUUAUUGUUUUAGAUUGGCGAUUUAUUAUCAAUCCUAGAAAUACGAAUUCUAUGUAGUUAAUUUGAUAGUAAUUUUGCGGUUUGUAGUUCAGUAUGAAACUUGAAAAGUAGUUUUUAAGUUUAUAGUUGGCCGUCGUAAUUUUGCCCUGUACAUCUUUCAGUUGACCAUGAAUUUUUGUUGCCUACUCAUGAAUUAGCGUCCGAAUUGAUCCGUGAGACUAGAAAGAUUGAUCAAUGGAGAUGAAUGAAUGUAUCUCGAACCAAGAGGGAGAGCAAGAGCAAAAUGUGCAUUUGCAUUCCUUCGCUCGCUGAAGAAAACGAGUGUAAGGAGGGACGAGGAAUUUUCGGUUUUUUUUUUAAACUUCCAUGAGCUAGACACGAUGAUGAUGACACAUGCGUAGAAUGAUUCUAUCCUUAUAUACCCUGACUUUUCAUCGAUGUUUUUUUUUCUCUAAUUUUUCACAGAAUUUGGUUAUGUAAUUAUUGUUAGUGAUUCUUGACGAUGGGUGAUUAUUAUAUGAAUAACUUGAACAAAUAUGAACAUUGUAUUGCAAUCAGUUGUAUAUCGGUAGUGUAAUGUGGUGUAUUAUAGUAAAAUAUAUUUGAUGCAUCAUUUGUAAUUGCAUGUACUUUCUCGGUUUUUAAUGGAUCGAUUCAUCGUAUGACCUUUCAUUUAUUUUUAUCUCCGUCUCUAUCGGUUAGAAUAAUUGUUUAAAUUCGCUAAAUUAAAAGUGCAAAAUUAACGUGCAUAAUUAUUCUCAUAUCAACAUAGAAAUGACUCGUGGGAUCGAAGUAAAAUAAAGAAAGGAGUAAAGAUCUGUCAAUCUGCGGUAAUCGGAUUAUGAGCAGUUGAUUUUAAGUGCCUUAUUAAACUUCAGACGAAAAGCACUUUCAAUGAAUUGAUCUUCGUUUUAUAAUCUUUACUUUCUCUUCUUUUUUUACGUCGAGCCUGAAAGGCAAUUGUAGUAAAAGACCAAAGGCACAAACUAAAUUUUAUGAAUUGUAUCACAGUACAAUAAAUACAUUUUAAUUCCAGCACGGUUAGUUAUAAUUUAAAACAAACUGAAUGAAAUUCCUAACGAAGAAAAAUAUCCCCGACGAGUCAUGUGAACAUCUUCGAAAUAUGAUAGCGUGGAAAUUUAACUACCAGAAAAAUGAUCUGCCAUAUCGUCAAUCAUCUACGUAAUACUCCAAUACAGAUGUUAUGGACCAAUGCCAGUAUGCCAAGAAAUGUACUUCCCUCACAUCGUAUUUUUAUAAAUUUUAAAGAUUUUACAUGGAUAAUUCGUGAUGCAUGUAUUCUAUCAAUUAUGAACAAAAUAGUUUUUAGAUUGUUGAACUUGAUUUUUAUAUGUUCUUUUUUUUAGGUAGUGAAAUGUUGCCGCUUGCGUGCGCUUAUGCAUUAUACAUUAUUUAGUUUAAAUACUAUAAUAUUUAGAAUAUAGUUCCACAAAUGCUUAUUGGCUAUACUGAUACUGGUUCUUGAUAAACAUUUCGACGUCAUCAAAGCUACCAAGAUACUAGCUAAAAAAUAAAAUACAUUGUAAAUCAUAAAAUGAACGCGACAAAGAAUGUCUUUAUAGUAUUGAAAUAAGGAGAGACGAAUGCACAGCGUAUAAAAGAGAAAGAAGGAUAAGAUGAGGUAUACUUAGGGAGAGUUUAAAUUUAAUAUUAAAGAGAAUGUAAAAGAUGUGUAAUAUUAAAAUGAUAUAUGUAUAUGAAAAAUGCGAUUGUUCUAAGAAAAUGAAAUAACGAGAUACAAGGUUGAAAAGUCUUGAGUACAAUCUAUCGCAAAAGAGACAUUGAAGGACUUGUUUCUAAAUCAUGUACAUUCUGGUGCAUUUCAAUGUUAUCAAUAAAAUAAUACUAAUUUCAAUAGAUCAGUUUUACUUUCUCUUCUUGAGCACACUUUUUCUAAUGUGUGCAUGAUGUGCAAUGAAUUAAGAUUUAUGUUUCACGAAAAGAGUAAUUUUGCUUUAAAAGCAAGUCCUUGAUCUGUGUAAUAAAUAAGAAACAACUGAGCUCCAGGCGAAAGCUGACCACAGAAAUGCAAACAAGCAUAUGUACGAGAGAAAACAAGAAAUCGAGGUAUAUAUGUUUAUAUAUACAUAGAUGUAAAAGAUUAUUCAAGAGAAUAAACGAGUAAGAAGCGAGAGGAUGAAAAAGAUUAUAAAAAAGAAAGUGUGUGUUGAGGGUAAGAGUAUAAUGUGUGUAACUGCAUUUGGAUUGUCGCGUCGCAUCGCAUGUGCGCGCAUAUUUUUUGUCGCAGCACAGAAGUUUUUCUUUGAAUAAAGUAUAUCUAUUUGACUUAUUUUAAAAAAGUAAUUUUUAUAUUAAUUGUAGAACGGAAGCGUGCGAGCGAAAGAUAUACGUAGUCUAAGUAUACGAGCUGAUUUGGAACGAACGUUUUUCUUUCUUUGUAUUUUACCAUUAGAGGACUUCGAGUAGCAUCAAUAAGCAAAGAAACACAUUAUCAUUUUGUCUUUUAGUUAUCUCGAACAUCAAAGGACAUUUCGAAUUUUACAUUUGGGUGUUACAAUAAAGUGUUGAAAUACUUUUA